AUGGACUCAAUGAAUGUAACCACUGUGUCAAAUGGCUCACGCGUGGUGAUGCCUCCUGCAGAACAGUUCUGCGACGCCUACUGCAGGGCCAUUCUGACAACAGCCUACAGUGUGGUUCUAUUCGGAGGCACUGCGGGAGCAGUUCUGAUGUCACACAUGAUGUUCAAAAGAAAGAGCCACUCAGCGAUCGCCACGAUCAUCAUUAAUAUCAUUGUGCUGCACUCCUUCCUCCUCCUCAGCCUGCCAUUCCGCCUCAGCUACUACCUCUCAGCAGUCUGGAAGCUUGGGUCUUUUACCUGCCGAGUGGUUAGUGGCGUCAUUUAUGGUCAUAUGUACCUUACCUUUGUUUUCUAUGUGGCCAUUGUCAUACUUCGGUUGCUCAUCUAUUUUAGGAAGCUCCAAACGCAGCAGUUACAAAAGUUCCAUGCUGUGGUUCUAAGUGUUCUUAUUUGGAUGGCAGGAAGCCUCAUCUUUUUGCCAAUAUUUUUUUUACAAUAUGGCACAGAUCCAAUUUACACAGAACAACAGCGAUGCUUCGAGUUUCAUAGAUCUCUCAACUGCAGGGAAAUCAUCAUCAUAAACUACUCCAUAAUUGUCAUCAUGAUGACAACAGUUCUGGUCCUCUUUCUGAUACAGCUGCCUGUCAUUCUUCGUUUGAUAAAAGCCUAUUGGCCUGAUAUGAGGGCCCAUCAAGAGUACAGAGCCCAAAUCAAGAGUUUCUUCUUCUUGUUAGUCAUAGUUGUCUGCUUUAUACCCCACCAUGCAUUCAGGGUGUACUUUAUUCAAAAUUAUCCAGAGCAAGAAAAUUCUAAGUUAAUACUUUACAAUGAAAUCUGUGUUGCUUUAACGGCCUUCUGCUGCCUGGAUAUGUUAUGUUUCAUAGGUGGUGUCAUCCAUUAG